GUUGGAGUCUGAGGUCCUGACAAGCGAUAACGUUUCUGAUAAAAAAGAACUGAGAUCACUGCAAAACUUCACCUUUUCUUCCAACCAGACUCAGACGGCGUUUUUUUUUAAAUACCAAACACAUUUCACCCCGGUUUCACUUGCAGAGGAGCAAUCUUAUGUGCCCACAAACAGAGAGCGAGAGACAGAGAGAGAGAGUGAGAGAGAGAGAGACAGAGAGACAGAGAGGGAGAAAAGAAACAAUUCCCGAGAUCAACAAACAAAACAACACAAAGACGGUUUCAAUGGCUCACGCCAAAAGCUCCACCAUCUUUCAGACCGCAAAGCCAAAUGCAGUUUAAUCAACAGGCGAGCGUUAUGUAAUGCUGGAGGAGGCUGAGGGAUUUUCGCGAGUCACUUUGUGAGCUACUUUGCAGUGAAAAAGGGGAGCAGAGGCGGCUCGGAUUCCCCAUGGCAUUUAGGUUUUGGUGGGUCAAACGCGUGAGAAAUUGAAAUCGGCUGCUUCUGCUCGGUGCCCCCCUCCUUCUCCUCCUCCUCCUCCCGGUAGUGGGGUCACGUUCACACACGGGGGAAGAAAACAUGACUUCCAGUUUUGCUGUGAAAGCGGAGAGUGGUGUGAUGCAGCUCCCGGUGUCAUCCAGGAUCACUUGUGAGCACCUUUGAAGAAGAGACGAAGAAGAAGGAGGGCGCGUUUUGGAAGAGAAACGAAUGCGGAAACAACCCCAACGCAAGUGAACUCGGCUCACGCUGAUGGAAACAAUGGAAUAAAUUUGAAGUCAGCAUGGACGUGGAAUAAAGGAUACCUUAGAGGCAGGGCAAGGGCUUUGGAUUUUUCUGCCAACUCUGAUAUCUGCCUCCCUGUGGAACUGGUACUGAUAAUGCUAUAACCCAAUGCUCAGCAGAGAUAUGGUGAGGAAAAAGAAUCCCCCUUUGAGAAGCUUUGGUGGUGAGCAAGAGGAGGGUGAGGUGGUGGCAGCGGAGGCCACGGGUUCAGAGAGUGGUGAGGUGGGCAGCGAGGCCUCGGAACCAGACAGACCGAUGGCAGAAGAGCAGGGGGAGCCAGGUUCCCCUGGCCCAAUCAAUGCAGAUAAACCUGGCUUUCAUUACGCCGGGCCGGCAGACGCUGUGGCGCUGAACCCGGCCACUUCCCCUCAACAGUCUGACCCAGGAGAGGCGGGGGACCCGGCGCGGAGUCCAGCUGGCGAGGGUGAAGUCACCAAGGCUGGGGUGGAGGGCCAGCGGCCCGGCUGCAUCAUUGUUCAGGGCUGCACCACCAGCAAUGGGGACGAAAGGGACCCCACCCAUAGCCCUUUGGUGCUGCUGGGUUCUGACGUCCUCCAUGGAGACGGAGUAGACCACUCCAAACUUCCCCCAGUCCCGCUCCACCCACGGAGGCCUAGCGAUGGACCUGAGGAAGCGUCUAGCCCGCUGGGAGCCGAAACUGGAGCCCCUCCAGCCUCCUCCCCCAAGCUACAGGACUUUAAGUGCAACAUCUGUGGCUACGGCUACUACGGCAAUGACCCCACUGACCUGAUCAAACACUUCCGCAAGUACCACCUGGGCCUGCACAACCGGACGCGUCAGGACGCCGAGCUGGACAGCAAGAUCUUGGCCCUGCACAACAUGGUGCAGUUCAUGGGCCAGACCCAGACCCAGGCCAAAGACGGCUCCAGAGCUGCUGCCCUCAAUGCUGGGGGUGGAGCUGGAGUUGAGGCAGGCUCGCCUAGAGCCUCACUGCUCAACGGCACCUACGACGUUCAGGUGACGUUAGCGGGCACCUUCAUAGGCAUCGGCCGGAAGACACCGGACUGCCAGGGCAACACCAAGUACUUCCGCUGCAAGUUCUGCAACUUCACCUACAUGGGCAGCUCCUCGGUGGAGCUGGAGCAGCAUUUCCUGGCUGCCCACCCAAACAAGAUGAAAAACCCACCCCCUGCCUCAGCCAGCCCUGAAGAAAAGGUCUCGGAGCGGAAGGGAAACUGCUUGUCCUGGCAGGGGUCAGAGAAUCAGGGGACCUGGGCUGACCGGGUGGCGGUCAGGGCAGAGGACGACUCUGUGGCAGGUUACUCUGUACCCAACCGGCCUCCGGACUCCCAGGGCCGUCCUGCCGGCGAUGUCUCAGUAGCUUAUUAUUGGUGCAAGUACUGCAGCUUCAGCUGUGAGGCCUCCGGCUCUUCCAGGCUGUUGGAGCACUAUGAGAAGAGGCAUGGCCAGGCAGCCGUACGGGAGGGAAGCCCUGGGGAGAGGGAGUGCAAGUCACAAGAUAGAGCAGACCCCCAUGUCAGGAGGAAGGAGCAUCAGCGUGGGAAGGGCGACCCGGACAGCAUGGUCACCAGCUACAGCUGCCAGGGUGGGAAGGGUGAGCCGGACACAGUGGUCACCAGCUACAACUGCCAGUUCUGUGACUUCCGCUAUUCCAUGAAUCACGGGCCGGAUGUGAUUGUUGUGGCGCCGCUCCUGCGCCACUACCAGCGUGCUCACAGCAUCCACAAAUGCACCAUCAAACACUGCCCCUUCUGCCCCCGCGGCCUCUGCAGCCCAGAAAAGCACCUGGGCGAUAUCUCCUACCCCUUCGCCUGCCGCAAGAGUUCAUGCUCACACUGUGCUCUGCUCCUGCUGCAGCUGACCGCCGCCGGAGGCAGCAGCACCCCCCCACCUACCACGAGGGCCUCAGUGACCCACCUGUGCGACCAGUGUCCCUUUGCCACGACCGACAUAGACCUUCUGCUGCUGCACUACGACAGUGCCCAUGCCCCCCACACCCUGCUGGAUGUGAAGGCUGAGGAGGAGACGACGGGUGAGGGGCGAGGCCAACAGGGGGAGUACGCCUGCACCAAGUGCCACUUCUACACCGAGGUGGAGGAGGAGAUUUUUCGUCACUACAGGAGGGUUCACGGCUGCUGCCGUUGUCGCCACUGCAGCUUCACGGCAGCCGACACAACAGCCCUGCUGGACCACUUCAACUCCGCCCACUGCCAGGACCCUGGCGACCCCAGUUCUGCCCCUGCCAAUGGCUGCUCUGCCCCUUCCACCUUGCGCAUCAAAGAGGAGAGCAAAGGGGACCUGAAGCUUUACAGCUUGGCACCUCCAGAGGCCAAGCCUGCCGAGGCCGUAAAGAGUGAGGCCCCGGAUGAGAAGGAAAAAGAGAGGGCCUGGUCUGAGGCCCCAGGGCCUGGAGCGCGUGGCACGGGACGAGGCGCAGAGCAGGCAGUCCCAGGACUGGUGUGGGUGCCUAAGGAGAGAGCAGCGGAGGUCCUGAGGGGUAGCCCCGCCCAGUUCCAGACCCAAGGGGCUCUGGGCCUGCUGAACACCGUUCAGGAGCAGCAGCCACAGAAGGUGCUUCGGGACUCACCAAGCCUGAUGUUUAGCCUUAGCACUGAUGCUAAGGGCUACCUGCAGGGGACACCAGCGAGCGUAGCGGAGAAGCCAGGGCAGCAAUACCCCAGCUCUACAGAAAGCAAGAGUGCAAAGGAAGAGUCCCAGUCACUUUUACGGAGACGGCGGGGAUCAGGGGUCUUCUGUGCCAACUGUCUGACCACCAAGACCUCUCUGUGGAGGAAGAACGCCAACGGGGGCUAUGUGUGCAACGCGUGUGGCCUCUAUCAGAAGCUUCACUCGACCCCCAGGCCGCUGAACAUCAUCAAGCAGAACAACGGUGAGCAGAUUAUCCGCCGGCGCACGCGAAAGCGACUCAAUCCAGACAGCCUUCCGUCCGACCAGGUGGGCUCCAAACAGCAGCGUGUUAACAGCGAGGAGCGCUUGAACGGCAGCCCGCUGGAGCGCAGGCCAGAUGAACCGGGUGCUGACGGGCCACUGCCUCGUGCUGACUCUGCCCAGGCCCAGCUGCCCAAGUAUGAGGGCUAUGGCCCGUCAGGCCCAAAGGGCCACCCCAGUCCCCGCUCCACCCAUGCCUUUCUGCUCAGCCAGACGCUGGAAAUCCACAAGCGCAUGCCACCAUUGCACAUGCACAAGAGCCCCGUGGAGGUCGGAGCCGAGGGCAACGGCCUGAGCGGGGGCUCGCAAGGUGGUCCAGACAGCAAGGGCGGCUCUGAGAGGGGCAGCCCCAUCGAGAAAUACAUGCGUCCGUCCAAGCAGGCCAGCUAUUCGCCCCCCGGAAGCCCCAUCGAGAAAUACCAAUACCCCAUCUUCAGCCUGCCUUUCAUCCACAGUGACCUGCAGAGCGAGGCCGACUGGCUGCGCUUCUGGACUAAGUACAAGAUGUCCGUGCCAGGCAACCCGGGCCAUUACCUCGGCCACGUGGCCAGCCUGCCCAAUCCGUGCCAAAGCUUCGUGCCUUACCCUACCUUCGGCUUGCCCCCUCACUUCCCCCCGCCGCCCCCAUCUUCUUCUGGACCGGAUAGCGACACCCCUCUCGACCUGGCCAUGAAGCAUUCCAAACCUAGCCCCGUGCCCAAUGGCGCCAAUAUGGCCAAGGAGAGGGCCCAGCUGGAGAAACGGGCCUCGCCAUUAGCAGACAGAGAGAGUGAGCGGGACAGGCCAAUAGAGGCCAAAGAGGUGGACACUGCCCCGCCACAGCCCACCAAACCAGAUAGAGUGGAUCAGAGCACCCAGGACGACCUAUCCAGCAAGUGCGCCCACUGCGGCAUUGUGUUCCUGGACGAGGUCAUGUACGCCCUGCACAUGAGUUGCCAUGGCGACGGUGGGCCCUUCCAGUGCAGCAUCUGCCUGCAUGCUUGUGCUGAUAAGUACGACUUCACCACCCACAUCCAGCGAGGCCUCCACCGGCCAGCUCCAGACGCCAGCGCAAAGGCCACGGACGAGUGAAGCCUGUAGCCCAGCAGACCUUUCAGCACAACUCGAGCAGUAUCUAAGGAACCCAUCAGAAAAUCAGUGCGAGAAAAAAAAAACAAUGUACGAAUGAAUGCGUAGAAUUUUCUUUCUUCUUCUUUUUUUGCCAAGAUGGUUCCUGGUGCCUCUGCAAUCAACAUAGGGAGCUUCAGUCAGCAUAGCAUUUCUAUUCGAGUUCAAACACAACAAACUCUUGGCUGUUUUCACUUUUUUAAAGAACUGCUUUUGAGGAAAAUGGUACAAGUAGUUUAUCAAUUUAGAUUUUUUUUACGUACUUUAACCCAGGCAUAUAAUUUUGACAAAGCAGUUCAGUAAACUGGGUUCAUCUACUCAAACUGAAUUUCUGUUUAUGUUCAGGCUGUUUCCAGCCUUCUGGAAAGUUCUCUUACCUGGUUUUGAACAAAUCGAGGAUGUGGGACUCCUGCAUGCGUGGCAAAGAGUGUGCAAACAUGCCAGUCCUCUGUCACUAUGGCAACAGCAUAAGUGAUUUUUGUCCUCAAAACAAACAUCCUCAGGGAAUGUAUAUGGCUGAAAUAGGCAAGACACAUUAGUUUAGGCCUUUCUGUCUCUGGUUAACAUUAUACUAAAUAUCUUAUGGUUUAGUGUUGCUUUUCAUUAAUGUAUUUUUCCCCUCCAGUGCGUAGGGUCGGGUUAUUAUUGUUACAUAAUUCCAUCAAGACAUGUUAGCUGCUGCCUUAGUUGCAGGGAUGCAGAGCUAAUUAUCACUCUAGAAAUUUGGGAAGGAAUGGAAAAAAAAGAUAUUUUUUUUUUCUAAGUUGUUAAUAGGAAUAAUCAUAUUAUCAGUGCCUGAUAUAAUGUACAAAGUAUUUUCUACCUGAUAUGUUGAUAUGCAACAUUGAACUUGCAUCUGAAUAAGGGCCUUGAGCACGGCUCUGAAAAAGUUUACAUUUGCAAAUGUAGCAAACAAGGUAAUGAAGCAAACACCUGCUAAUUUUGUUUUUUUUUUUCCACCUAAACAGGAGAGAUACGAUCAUUCAUAUUUUUCAUGUUAUUUUUCCUUUGUAGUUUCUUUUUUAAGGUGGAACAUUCUUUGGCCACCAAAGGCACUAUCCAUUCCAAGUGUUGUUCUUCAUGACUUUGUUUUGCCACCUUUUUUUCAUGUACGUGUGCUUUAUAGUCAAAUGGCAUGUUGUCUUGGACUUCAAUCUCCCUGUGUUUGUCUACAGACAUUGAACAAAUUCAAGGGAAGCUGAUAAGGCUUUAUGUGCUAAUUUUGGUGUGAAUAAACCUCUUUGGCCCCCCACUGUCCAGGUAUUUCAACUACCAUGAAUUCUAUUGAAUUCCACAUUUUAGAAGAGUAUAGGAUUAUCUUUAUGUGAUUUCCUAUAGGAAACAGACAUGGAAACAAACCUGCCAGUUACUCCGCAUUAUGUUCAAACAUAGAGAACUGUUGUCGAUACUUAGUAAGUGCAGGUGUUUUAGGUGCCUUUUGAUGAAGCUUUCCUUAGAGAAGUGCAACAUUAUAAUGCUGUACUGA